GCCUUCAGCCGGGCGCACCGCAUCGGCCAGGCCAACAAGGUGAUGAUCUACCGGUUUGUCACGCGCGCGUCGGUGGAGGAACGCAUCACGCAGGUGGCCAAACGCAAGAUGAUGCUGACGCACUUGGUGGUGCGCCCGGGGCUGGGCUCCAAGGCCGGCUCCAUGUCCAAGCAGGAGCUUGAUGACAUCCUCAAGUUUGGCACUGAGGAGCUCUUCAAGGAUGAGAAUGAGGGGGAGAACAAGGAGGAGGACAGUAGCGUCAUCCAUUACGACAACGAGGCCAUCGCCCGGCUGCUUGACCGCAACCAGGAUGCCACCGACGAUGCCGAUGUGCAGAACAUGAACGAGUACCUCAGCUCCUUCAAGGUGGCCCAGUACGUCGUGCGUGAGGAGGACAAGAUCGAGGAGAUCGAGCGGGAGAUCAUCAAGCAGGAGGAGAACGUUGACCCCGACUACUGGGAGAAGCUGCUGCGACACCACUACGAGCAGCAGCAGGAGGACCUGGCGCGCAACCUGGGCAAGGGGAAGCGGGUGCGCAAGCAGGUCAACUACAAUGAUGCCGCCCAGAAGACCAAG